AUGGUGGUGAUCAUUGUUUGUUGUUAUACUGAAGGAUCUGAAGAUGAAUCUUUAGAUGCCAACGUUGCAGAAUUGAAAGCGGAAUGUAAUAAUAAGGUGUAUGAAUUUUGUUGUGAGGAAGAUGCUUUCUAUUGUAAAGAACAUUCAGAGAUGCUACAUGCAUAUGAUGUUAUGAAGGACCAUGACAGAGUUCCAAUUGACCUGUAUAAAUGUGCUACCAAAACCCUAGAUGAGACAUCGGGCACACCUGAUGAUUUCAAAAACGAUUGGAACAAAAACAAUAUUCUCUACGUAAGUCCAAACACCCAAAAGAUGGAAAUGGGUAUGAAAUGGUUGAACACUGGUAUCGAUGAAAAAGAUCCAUUCCUUUUGGUCAGUUUCGUUGGACCUGCAGGCGCUGGAAAGAGUACUCUAAUCAGAAGUUUUGCUGAAGGACAGAUUCCGGUUUCAUCCAACAGUCAAACUACUGCUGCCAGUUCCGAUAUCAAUUGUUACAAUGGAACAUUUGACAAUGAAAACCAUUGCAAAUACCUACUGUUUGACUCUGAAGGUAAAGGUGCCGAUACCAUUAACCAAAUGAUUAUAAACACCCAGAGCUCUGGUUUAAGUUCUUCCAAUAACUCGAUCUCCUACGAUUAUCGUCGCUCCUUUAUCGAUACAUGCUAUCCAAGAUUACUAUAUCUUUUCAGUGAUGUAUUUGUUUAUGUAUUCAACCAGACUGCCAAGCAAAAAGAGAAUGUAAUUUCCGAACUUCUUUCAUAUGCCGCUGAGAGUGCCGCUGCAUCAGUUAACCAACUCACCAAACCACACUUGAUUGUUGCUUUCAACAAAUCGAAUGACGUUCCAACCUAUGACAAUGACGAGGCAAGAGAAUUGAUCUUCCACGACAAAGAUGAUGGUUCUGCACACAGCCAAAAUAUCAAAGAACUCAAAAAGUAUUACCAAUCACUCAAUGUAAUCUUCAUCCCUCCUGGAAAGACAAUUAACCCAGAUUCCAAUGAGAUUCAAUGGGUACUCGGAAAGUUUGUUCAACAAACAUUGAAGUUAAAGACAUUGGUCUAUUCACUCCUUCAAUCGGCAUACAAAGUGAAAACCAAUCAAAAUAUUGUUUGUGAAAGAGGUAAAAUCAUGGGAUAUAUCUCAAAAGCAAUCAAUAUUCUCAACAGAGAUCCACACGGACCAAUCGAUAUCUAUAAGAUGGCCAGAUCAAUGGAAGGUGUCAACUCAUUCCUUUUCGAAUAUUUCGAAUGUAUUUAUAAUCUUAAUAUCAAACAAGGUAUAAAUAGAAGCGUUGCAUUUGACCAAGCAUUCCAAGUUAUUAUUACCAGAGUCAAAGAUAUUCUCUAUUUAUAUUGUCAGAGAAAUAGUCUUCUCCACCCGACCAAAGGUCAACAUAUUCCACAAAGUCUGAUUGAAAUGUUCGAGAAAGCUCACUCCAGUAUUAUGAAACUUCUACCGUGUAACUCUGCUCAUCCUUUGAAGCCACAUAUUCGAUGUGAGGUAUUACAAGGUGCUCAUGGUGUGAUAUCCGAUCACAAAUCAACUCAGAUUGAGACGAAAAAGAAAAAGUUUUUGUUUCUCAAACUUGGUGAGAAGGUGGAGACUGUGAGUUACCAAUGGAUUGGUAAUGGAUUUGAACCAUCCAAACAUUAUCAGAAUCUAGCCGAGAUUGCCAAUGAACUUCUCCCAGAAGCUGGAAAACAACAUCCAGAUGAGAAUAUCACGAUUCAAAAUCGAUUGAAACUCAUUGAAAAUAAGUCAUUGCCAUUUACGAACAGAGUUUGUUAUGGUUGCCUCCUUGACCAUCCAACACAAACCAGAAAGUGUGGUCACAUGUUCUGUAUUACAUGUUCCACUCAAUGGAGUGUACAUUGUCCAGUUUGUGGUACACACUCGCCAUGGACCAACAACGAUAUACCGACACUUGCUGGUACUCGUAUACUUUCACUUGAAGGUAUUGGAGGUGUAACUGGUGUUGCACAAGCUUUUAUUAUUACAACAAUAGAGCAUAUCCUUUUUGAUAUUCGAAUCCACAAAUUAGUCGACCUUAUUAUUGGAUCUGGAUCUGGAGGAUUAGUUGCACUUGGUGUCACUGGUGAUUCUGGAAAUGCUACAAGAAUGAUUGCAUUCUACACUGCAUUGAAAGAAAAACUGGAAACCUAUCCGUUGGGAACAAUUGCCGGAAUUAAGAAUCUCACAAGAAUAUUAUAUCGAUCAAUUUAUAAAAAGAUUUCAUUCCAGAGUAUUUUAAAGCAACAUCUCGAAUAUCUAGAGUCUGUUGGAAAUAAUCCGAGAUCCGAUCAGAGUCUACUGUGCCAAGCUGCGACCAAAGGAAAUUCUCAUGUUGCUGUCACUUCUACUACAAAAAGCACAGGUUCAAAGAAAUUGUCACUCUUUACAUCAUACCAUCUUCCAGGAAAAUAUGAUAAUCCAUCAGGAACUGUUUUCGAUGCAUGUCUUUCAACUUCGGCAACCGAUGGAUUCAUUGAACCACAUAUCAUCAAUGAAGUAUCAUACACCGAUGGUUCAACAUCAGCAUUGGCACCCGCAAUAAUUGGAUAUGAAGAAGCUCAACGUUUAUUCAACCGCUCAUGUGAUUUGAUUGUGGCAGUAACAACCGGUAAAUGGGCCAACCCUGGAAAUCAACAUCAAGAGGACUGCUAUAAAGAUGGAACCAACACCGUUUCAACACUUAAUGAGAGUAGCACCAAGUGGGCAGAGUUGAAGGAUAAGGUAGUUGCGUCCAAUCAUCCAACAGUUUGCAGAAGAAUCGACCCAGAAUAUACAGACGAUUACUGUUAUGAUGAAAAGCAUAAGAUUGAAUCUAUCAUUUCCGAUGUCAGAAGGUAUUGUGAGAAACACAAGUCAUUGCUGAACGAUGUUGCAACCAAAUUAUUGGCAAGUCAAUUCUAUUUGACUGUCAAUCCACACCAAGACUCAAUCAAAUUUACAAUUCAAUGUCGUUUAUCAUAUGAGUUGUACGAAAAUACUGUUUUGGUUGACAAACUAAGAAAAUUAAGCACUCCAUUCAGUAUCACUGCAGAUGGUGUAGGUGCAACAGACAUUGUAUUUGACAAAGUUCAGUUCAAUGGUGGAUUCUCUCAAUCACUCACAAUCAACAAUUUGCAACGUGAUAAAUUAAGUAAGAUCGAUAUCAAACUCAAUAUUGUAUUUGGUGAUGAUCAGUCCGAAGAUAAAAAACAUUCAAUCUCUGGAUUCCCGAUGAACUUUAGCCAAAUUCUAAACACAGUAAAUAAAAACUAA